AUCUGCCUCCAGCAUGAAACUGGAGUUUUCCAGUACACCAAGAGAACUUUGAAGUAACAGACUUUCAGUUUUGGACAUUUCUGCAACGUCAAAAGGCUUUAUGGCAUCCAAGCCCCUGCUUUGUAGGGGAGAUGAUCAGCACAUCAGUGAACUGCUUCUCAUGGCUGCAGGGUGUAUAGAGCUAUACAGGAUGAAGCAUCCUGGACUCCAAGAUUUGCAUUCGGCAUAUAUGACAGAAGGAAACACUGACACUGCACCCAUGAAGAUCAGGAUAUCUUUCAGUUUCAUUGCAGCUGGAGUCAUACUGAAAUGUGGCUUCAUACUGAAAAAGGAUCUCAGGGAGGAUGAAAAUGAGGAUUGGGAGGAAGAAGAAAAGAUCUUCCUCAAGCCUGUUAUUGAGGACAGAAAUAUGGAACUGGCCCGAAAAUGCAGUGAAUUAAUAAGUGAUAUACACUAUAAAGAAGAGUUUAAAAAAUCUAAAGGCAAGUGCAUAUUUGUACCUGACACCCCGCAGCUAAAACAUGUGAAAAGCCUUGGUGCUUUUAUUUCUGAGGUGAAAUAUAAAGGAGCUGCUAAGAAAGACCUUUCCAGCUCUCUCUAUCAGCAGAUGCCAGCCACAAUUGACAGUGUAUUUGCAAAAGAAUUAAUGCACCUACAGAGCAAGGUUCUCUAUAAACAAAAACAUGAUGCUGAGAAAGGAUUUUCAGACUAUGCACGUAUGAGGGAACCUCCAGAUGUUAAACAUGCCAUGGAAGUCAGUAAACACCAGAGUGAUGUAUCCUAUAAGAAGGAUGUGCAAGAUACUCAUAGGUACACUGAAGUGCUGAACAGACCAGACAUAAAGAAGGCAACUGAGAUAACAAAGAUAAUAAGUGAUGCGAAGUACAGGAAAGGAAAGGGAGAGCUGAAUAAGGAGUCUGCUGUGCUUGGAAGACCUGAUUUUGAACAUGCUAAAGGAGUUUCAAAACUUUUAAGCCAAGUAAAAUACAAAGAGAAGUUCAGUAAGGAGAUGAAGAGUCACCAGUACAAUCCUCUUGACAGUGCUUCCUUCAAGCAAGCACAGAUUGCAUCCUCCUUGGCAAGUGAUGUGAACUACAAGAAAGAUUUGGAAAGCCUACAUGAUCCAGCAUCUGAUCUACCAAAUCUGCUGCAUUUAAACCAUGCUUUAAAUAUCAGCAAAACACAGAGUGAUGUCAAGUACAAAGAAAAUUAUGAAAAAUCCAAAGGCAGAUCAAUGCUGGAGUUUGUGGAUACACCAAUGUAUCAAGUUUCAAAGGAGGCUCAAAAGAUGCAAAGUGAGAAAACGUACCGCAGAGAUUUUGAAGAAGGGAUCAAGGGAAGACCUUCACUGGACUUAGACAAGACCCCAGAGUUCCUGCAUAUAAAACAAGUCACUAAUCUUUUGAAAGAGAAAGAGUAUCGAAAAGAUUUGGAAGAAGGGAUGAAAGGGAAAGGAAUGACAGUGUUUGAAGAUACACCAGAUUUGAUUAGAGUGAAAAAUGCAGCUCAGAUACUAAAUGAGAGGCAAUACAAGAAAGACUUGGAAACUGAAAUUAAAGGGAAAGGCAUGGAAGUUGGUCCAGAUACACCUGAGAUAAGACGAGCCAAGAAAGCUUCUGAAAUUGCAAGCAUGAAAGAAUACAAGAAAGACUUGGAGAAUGAAAUUAAAGGAAAGGGCAUGGAAGUAGGUACGGAUACCCUUGAUAUACAACGAGCCAGAAAAGCUUCUGAAAUUGUCAGCCAGAAAAUGUACAAAGAUGAAGCAGAGAAGAUGCUCUGUAACUAUUCUGCUGUCCCAGACACUCCUGAGAUGGAGAGGAUAAGAAAUACUCAGAAAAACAUCAGUUCAGUAUUUUAUAAGAAGGAAGUAGGAGCUGGCACAGCUGUAAAAGAUACUCCAGAGAUUGAAAGAGUAAAGAAGAAUCAACAGAAUAUUAGUUCAAUUAAAUACAAGGAGGAAAUUCGGCGUGCAACAACCAUUUCUGAUCCACCUGAACUGAGGAGAGUUAAGGAAAACCAGAAGAAUAUCAGUAAUGUGCAAUACAAAGAACAGCUCUGCAAAGCUACACCCAUGAGUUUCACCCCUGAGAUGGAAAGAGUCAAGAGGAAUCAAGAGAAUGUCAGCAUGGGAAGUUGCUAUCCUUUAAUACUUUGUGUAAAUUUUGGGUGUGGAAGAUGAAGUUCUGCAUUCUGAAACAGUGCCUUUCCUUUAGUCUGGGGGAAGCUAAUGUAGUAUAAUGUUCUCGAAUUCAAGUAAUGGAAUUCCUUGAAAGUCUUCUCUUGGGAAGCAAUUGUGAGAAGGCCUUGCUUGGUUUGGGAAAUGACAGGUGAACCAUCACAUAUUCUAUUAAAGAAAUGGCUGCAAUGCUUUGAGAUGUUAUUCUCUUCCUUGGAUAUUUGCAGAAAAUCUUUUCUUCGCUUUGUAAGAAAUUAGCUACAGUUGUGCUCAAACUUCUGCUCUCUGACCUGUCUCCUUCUGGUUCCUCAGUAACCUCCCCAUCAGAAUUUGGUAUUUAAUGGCUGAGAUAACCAUUUGCAGGGGUACAGAGAGGAAGGCAAGGACUGGAGCAUGCUGCUGCCUUCCUGCACUGAUGAAGUUGCACCUUACCCUGUUGAUGAGUCCAUGAGAGACCAGGCACUCUCCUCACUGAGAGCUGCCAAUAGCUGCCGUGGUUCAUGGGUCCACAAACAGCUACAGUGUUUCCCUGGGUGCUUUUUGCUGCAUUCAUCAAAAUAAUUUUGAGUCACAAUUUUCAAGAAUUCUGUCCCUCUAACUCAGCUUCUGGAUUCCUGUUGAUAUAUCUAGCUUUCCUAGGAUGUAUUCUGUUCAAAAGCUGCUUUCCCUUUUUCAAGCCAGUCUGUAGAGUACUUCUACUCACACUGUUGUUUACUCUUCACCAAUUUUUGUGUUGUGAAUAUUUCACUGGAAAGUUUAAAUUCUUUUCAAGUCACUGGAACAGCUUUGAGUGAAGAUUUGUUAACUUCAGCCAUUUCUAGAAAUAUUAAUUCUUGAAUAGUCAUUUUACCUUUAUAAAUGUUAAUUUACAAGUCUAAUCCAUUUAAAAGCUUACCACAGUUUUAGUAAGUCAUUAAUUUUUCAAUUGGAAUACAUUGGUGUGGACAGACCAAAAUUCUGUUGUGCUGGAAGACAAUUGCUUAAGCAAUAGCUGCCUUACUGCCACAGUGCACUGCAGAAUUAUGAGCAUAAUGUAUCUGCACAGUUAAUCUUAUCACUUAAACCCAAGAGCUUGCUUCUGUAUGGAAGCAUUUAUUUUACAUAAAAAUAUAUGAACUGGCAUGAAUUUAUUGCCAGAAUCUGUUAAGAAAUAUUUACCAUAUCUGACUUCCCAGCAUGUGGGGCUAGAGUUAACACUAGAUUGCUUGGUCUGUCAAUGCCACAUCCAGUUCUGGUCUGCUUUAGCUCCUGAUCCAGCCUGGGGUGUGCAUUUGGUUAAUGCAGUGUGUUUGGUUACAGAGAGAUGAGGGGGAUAUUCCUACAGUAUGUUUAAAUAAAUGCAUGGUGAAAUUAGGUUGGAUUCAAUUGGCUCUUGUUUGAUGUACUGCACUCUCUGUGUUUAAUCACCUUUGAGUAUGUAAUAUAUGAAAUUUAGAUAGAGAUCUAAAUUUAGAUGGAGAUCUUAAAACAUAGAUGGAGAUCUUAUGGAAUUUCUGUCUUGACAAAUACGUAUUUACAGUGGACCUUCCUGAAAUUCAGUUUUUCAUAUGAUCUGCUUGCCUCUACUGCAUUUUAUGUGGCUUAACCCAACUCCAAAUAUGAGUUUUUUCUCUGUAGAGCCAAGGACCAGUCUGGUAAAUGCCAAGAUAUUGUGUGUGUAUAUGGGUGUAUAUCCACAGAAAUGCAUUAAUAAACAGUCUGUACAUAAAAAAUAUUCAAGGUUAUCUUUCAAAAAUCAAGUCUUAUAAACUUGAAUAAACUUCAGAUGUAUUU